UUCCGACCCGCAGAAAUAAACCAGUGAACGAAUCGACUCGCCGCCGACGAUGACUCGGCUUUCACCCGCAAAUAUCUCUCAGCCCACUUCUUAUCCUCUUUCUUCUCUCGAAACCGUUGGCAAUGGCGACCCUCGAAACCGCGCUCUCCAUCUUCUCGGGACCAUCAUCUCCUCUCCACUCUCGCUCCCCUGCACCCACCAAACCACCGACCUCCCUCAAGCUUCAGUUUUCUCCCGCGACUUCACCUUCACCCUCGUCGAGUUCGCCUUGUGCUCGGCUUCUUCACGUACCUCACGACAAGCGAACCGGUAAACCAUGCCUCGACCUGUGCUUCGCGGUCCAAGAAAUAACCGCGGAGACCGAGGCCGACGAGAAUACCCGGGAGCAGAACAUAAAGAAGAAGCUUUACGUGGUCAAUUUGCCCUGGUCUCUCUCCGUCGACGACAUCAAGAAACUGUUUGGCCAGUGUGGCACUGCCAAAGACGUCGAGAUUAUAAAGCAGAAGGAUGGGAAAAGCAGAGGCUAUGCUUUUGUGACAAUGUCUUCAGGGGAAGAAGCUCAGGCUGUCGUUGACAAAUUCGAUUCAUUUGAAGUCUCUGGGAGGAUUAUCAGAGUAGAGUUUGCAAAGAGAUUUAGGAGACCUCCUCCUCCACCUCCCCCUUCCGCUCCCCCCGCUAAGGAGACUCGUCACAAGCUUUAUGUGUCUAAUCUAGCUUGGAAAGUUAGAUCGACCCAUCUUCGAGAAUUUUUUUCAGAGAACUUUAAACCUGUGUCGAGUAGAGUGGUUUUCGAAAGCCCUUCCGGUAGAUCUGCCGGGUACGGAUUUGUGUCGUUUGCCACGAGGGAGGAAGCGGAGGCAGCAAUUUCUGCAUUGGAUGGAAAGGAAUUGAUGGGUCGUCCACUUCGUCUAAAAUUUAGCGAAAGGAAUCCUGCCGAAUCUGAAAGUGGAAAUGAAGGGGAGGGAACUUCCGAGGGUCAGCCUGACAACUCAUGACCUGCUUUGCGGAUCUGAAGUUCAAAAAUCAAGAGUAUUAACGUGCAAGCAUCGUUUUAUUUACAUCUCUUGCGAAAACAGCACAGAAUUUCCUUGCUUUGUGCGUUUUAUAGACUCAUCAUUUUUUGUAUGGAAAUGUUGCUUAGAGAAGUUGUGAUUCUUUAUAUAUGUAUGUUCCGCUUACUUUAACAACUUAAGCUGGGAUCAGGGCAGUGCAACUUGCCCUAGUUUAGAGUGAACUCGUCUGUAAAUCACAUGAAUUUUGGUUCUUAGAUGUAAGGAUACCCCGUAUGCCGAAACCUGGCUAUCUUUUUAGUCAGAUUGUAGAUUUGUCCGCAAUUUUAACAUUCUAAUGGAAUCAUCUUUGC